AUGGCUUCGAUUGUGCGACCCUCCCUUCUCCGGCAGACCGCCACGGCGGCUCGCAUGACCCAGGCAGCCCCGAUCCGCUCCGCCUUCGUCAAGAACUCGACAAGAGCUACGGCCUUUCACACCACAACCAAGAGGCAACUGCUGCCCGUCGGACCCCAGGUCAUUGACGGUGGAGUUAACAAGCCCGCCCCCGUCCCUCCCCCAAGCCCCGCUCACGGCUCUUACCACUGGACCUUCGACCGCCUUCUCGCUGCUGGUUUGGUCCCCAUCACCAUCGCCCCAUUUGCUGCCGGCUCCCUCAACCCGACGACCGACGCUCUCCUCUGCGCCAUGAUCCUCAUCCACUCUCACACCGGCUUCCAGAACAUCAUCAUCGACUACGUCCCUACCAAGCACUACCCCAAGUCGCGUAAGGCUACCAUGUGGGGCCUGAACCUGGCCACCGCACUCGUUGGCCUCGGCCUGUAUGAGUUCGAGACCAGCGACGUUGGCGUCACUGAGGCCGUCGCACGUCUCUGGAGGGCGUAA